AUGGACCUUGAAAUCGAUGAACAAGACCAAGACCGGUCACCGACGCCACAGUCAUCAAUCUCUGAAAAUUCGGGAUCAGAGAGAGGAUCAGAGAGAGGAUCAGAGACACCAAUAGAUACUCCGGACACAAUUGAAACAAUUGAGCCAGUAAUUAUUUCGGCGUUGCCUGUUACUCAACUACCAGCCAUCUCACUCUCCGGAAACAAUGCACAAAGAACGCUUUGGAUUGGAGAUGUUCCUACAGAUUGGACGGAGGAUACAUUAAAUCAAGUGUUCACUGAAAGCGGGCAUCCUCCCUACAAAGUCAAGCGGGUUUAUGUCAAGGAAGAGCUGAAAGGAUAUUGCUUCAUCGAAUUUAUCACAUUUGAAGAGGCUCGUCAAACACUUUUCGACUUGAACGGUGUCAAAAUUCCCGGAUUCAAAGAUAUUCGCUACAAUUUGUGUUUCGCCAAUGACAGUUAUAAUCCAAAUUCGGAAUUCAAUCUCCACGUGUCAGGAGUUCCCGAUGAUAUGGCCGAUGCCGAGUUAUAUCGAAUUUUCGAUAAAUAUCACUCGUGUCGCGGUGCGAAAAUGUUCCGAUUUGUCGACGGAAGUUCGAAAGGGUCCGGAUUCGUUCGAUUCGGAAACCAAACUGAUCAGCAGAUGGCGUUAGUCGAAAUGCAUCGAACUCGUGUUGGAAAUACUAGAAUUGCGAUUAAAUUGGCUGGUUCACGAGGGGAAAGAAUCGAACGGAGCGAGUCAGCUCCAUAUAAACAACGCAGAAACGAUCGACGUCGGGAUGAGAAACCAAGUCAGUAUCGAAACGGAACGGUCGUCCCGCAACAACAACAAGUGUUCGAUGCAUACGGAAAUCCAGUGAUAGUACCAGUCGACAAAAACAUCUACGGAACCGACCAUCCAUGGGCACCGUUUCCAGACGAUGCGGAUCUUGAUCCGAUUAUUGGGCUCGAUUUACUCACCACGAAAUACCGACCACAAAUCGCCAACAAGCGACUAAUGAUCGAUACAGAUCAAUUCAUGUUGGAUCUUGAAUCGAGUCGAUGGAGCUCGAUUGCAUUCAAAACUAAUAUCAAGAAGGAGGAUUUCGAGAAGAGACUGAUCGAUAAUCCAUGGACACCAAUCCCAUAA